AUGACGUCGCGCAGGCAGGCGCUCACGCUGCUCGCGCUGCUGGUCGCGCUCGGCGUGGCGAACGCCCAGAUCAGCACGGUCGACCCCAACACCGGCGGCGGCGGCACUGGGGGAGGAGGCACCGGCACCGGAGGGGGCGAUGCGUCAGGCGGGGGUGCGGGCGCACCCGCGGGGGACGACGCCGGCGCCGGGGACGACACGCCGCCGCCUCCUCCUCCUCCCCCACCUCCGCCUCAGGUCACGAUGUACGGCAGCAUACCUCUCGUCGAGGGUAGGGACCACGUCGGCCCGGUGAGCGAGCAGACCGGGUACAGGUACAAGGAUCUGCAGGACGUCAUCGACGCCGCCGAGGCGGACCCGCGCGUGGAGACCCGCGACGCGCUCGUGGAAAAGUACGGAGAAUUCGGCGAGGACACCGCCUCGAACGAGACGGGCGCGGACGGCGAAGAGAAGGAGAAACCCUCCCCGCUGAGCUUCCUCUACGGCGUCGACGAGAGCUCGGCGGAAUUCAACAAGAGGCUCAUCUGCCGGCGAGGUUGCGUGGACCCCCUGCUGGACGUUAACCUCGUGUGGUGCGCGGGCGUGGUCAAUUACGCCUUCUGCAACCGCACGAUAACGGGUCCGAGCGAGGUGAGCGUCUUAAACAUGGAAUCCGGCGCGAUCGCCGCGUACAUGUCGCUGUCGCGCAAGGUGCCAAACACGGAUAGCGCGUGCAAGAUGAUGCUGCGAUCGUGGAUGUGCUACGAGUUCUUCAACCGGUGCAACGCUGACGGCACCCAGUUCUACCCGGUGUGUUACACCACCUGCCAGGCCGCGAGGUUCGCGUGCGGCAACCCCGACUGGAUAGAUUGCGACGAGGAGGUGGAGGAGCUGGAAGGGGGAUACCCGGAUGAGUGGCGGGGUCCCGACGGGUCGUACAUAAGGGGGCUCAAACCGGACGGGCAGAUGGGAAACCCGGUGUUCGAGCAGGACGCGCUGCGUUGCACGGGGGGUUCGGGGAGGAGGUACGGCGCGGCGCCCGCGUUUGCCGCGUUCGUGUCGUCGCUCGUGUCGGUGGUUUUGUUAGUUAGUUAG